AUGACUUGUAAUCCGGUGGUUAAAUGUCGAUCGUCGCCCAGCGAGCGUCAGCCAGAUGAUCAGGACGGCAGAUCUCUCCAGCAUCGUAGCACAGCGCCACCUAGAGGUCUGGUACCGACCGACAGCCCCAACUUCCUGUGCAGCAGCCUGCCGCAACACUGGAGGUGUAACAAGACGCUGCCAAGAGCUUUUACUGUGGUUGCCCUGGGCGACGACAUCCCAGAUGGUGUGGUGGUGACAGUGAUGGCCGGUAAUGACGACAACAUCAGCGCCGAGCUACGCAACGCCAUGUCAACCAUGAAGCAAGGAUACGCCCACUUCAAUGACCUGCGCUUCAUCGGUCGCAGUGGUAGAGGUAAGAGUUUCACCUUGUCGAUAAACGUCCUGACCUCACCGCCUCAGAUCGCCACCCUGCACAGAGCCAUAAAGAUCACCGUGGACGGACCACGACUGCCGAGACGACAGAGGCAGAAGGAGGUGAAGUCAGGAGUGUUCAGAUCUUCCAGCAGCAGCUCUUCAUCAGAUUGUAGAUCCUUUUCCUCGCCUCUGUGGACCAAUGAGCCGCCGUUCCUGGGUCAGGUGACCUCUCUGACUCCCAGAAUGCACCACCUGUCCGCCCUCCCCUACUCCUCCCAGGCUCCCCCCUACAGCCCCUACCUGUCCUCCCCUCCUCUUCCUCCUCCCCCGCUGAGCCACAGUGGUCCGUUCCAGCCGGGCAGCUUCUACUACGGACCGAACCAAACGCUCCAAACCGCAGGGGAGGACCGCAGCGUCGUCACGGCGCUGACCAAUUACAUUGAAGGGGCGUGUCUUUCUAUGAGGGGGGAGGAGCCUGUCUGGAGGCCAUAUUGAA